UCAUAUGCUGUAAAGCACUUUGAGGCAAACUGUGAUCCGUGAUAUUGGGCUUUAUAAAUAAAAUUGACUUGACUGACCAUUUUCCCUUGGAGUAUAUAGCGGCUACGCUCUUUGAAUUAGCCUACAGCUCAGAGGCCCACAGUGGAGCUGGGAUCAAAGGUCCAAAAAAGAGCACGGCUGGAAGGUCUUUGCAUGCCAGAGCAGCCUGCAGAUGCCUUAUCUACUCAUAAGCACGAGAUUGUAUGGUGAUCACUAGUUGUGCUGUGAUCAGCAACAAAGUCAACAGCCAAGCAAUAAAAACUGAAGUGCUGUGCAGGAAUUCAAGAAGUUAUUUUUGGCUGUCAGCAACAUCGCCAUUAUGCUUCUGAAAUGUGGUCAACCAUUACCUCUUCUAAAGCACACUGAUGUGCCACCUAGGGUCAUAGAAAACUUUAUCCUGACUGGUUACCGCUUCCCAAAUUACAGCCUGAAGGAUUGCUUACUAUCAGCAUUCAGGCCCACCAAUGAAACCGGCAACUUCUGGACACACUUCCUCCCAGUUUUCAUAUUUUCUUACUAUUUUGUGGAAGUGUUUGGUUGGGAAGGUGCGCCACAUGGUGAUGCCCCGUUCUUCUAUCCAUUGUGGAACUACUAUAUUGGGGUGUUCUGUCUGUUAAUGGCUAGCAGCAUGGCUCACCUGCUCAACUCAAUGUCCCUGGUGGUAAGAGAAGUUUGCUUCUUUGUAGAUUACGGCACUAUCAGCUCAUACACUGUUGGCUCAUCUUUAGCGUACUACUACUACAUCCACCCCCGGGCAGGGAUAGUGGAGACAGGAGGCCAUAAUAGCUCCCACAUGGACUUGAAAGAUGAACCUGAAGGAUCUCUUACAUCGGCCCAUGCAAUUCCAGAUUUCAGUGUGUUCUUUGAGACCUUCUACAUCCCCAGCGCAUGUGUUGUCGCAAUCAUCUGUGUCUUAUCUUGCUGCAAUACUCGCCAAAGGUGGAGGAAGCAUCGAUAUGUCAUCCGAACCCUUGUUUUCCUCCUUCCGUUCCUCGUCUCUUCCACGCCGGUGUUCUACCGCCUGCUGACCAGAUCGCCUUAUUCCACCUCCUCCUCGUCAUUUGCAGCUUCCACCUCCACGGCCACCUUCUUCUAUCGCCACUGCAUGUGGCUGCUAGUGUCAGCCGUCUUCAACAUCAGCAAGUUCCCUGAGCGGCUAGCCCCAGGCCGCUUUGACAUCUGGGGGCACAGCCACCAGUGGUUCCACUGUUGCACCUUUUUGUCCAUCCUGGAUGAACUCCACAUGAUCAAGACCGAGGUCAGGGCAAUCCUACUCAGCCCGACUCUGCUGCUGCCCCCUGCCUCCAUCUCCCAUCUUCCUGGACCUACUAUCGCUUCUACCUACGGGGUCAUGUUCCUCCUCCAGACCACCAUCAUCUCCAUCAUCGUGUGGUUCUCCUGGUGCGCUAACUGCAUAUAUGGCCCCCAGAGAGACCAGCUGGCAAAGCAACAACACAAGAAACACCUGAAAUGCCACUGACCACAAAGAAAUCUUGUUUUUAUCAUCCUAACUGUGAAGGAAGAUUUGCACAUGCAUUAAGAGCCAUGCCACAAAGAAGAGCGCACAACUAUAACAAUAUUUUCCUGCUGAUUUCAUGUCCCUCAUGUGUUCCAACCCCUUCGAGAGCAUUUUUCAAGCUUUCAUAAGCGGAAAUUGGGGACAACAGGAGAUGAAAGGAUUAUAUUCUGAGCUCACCACAGGGUGGCUGUCUGGUUGAGUGGAUAUUGAAAGACCUUGCCAGUACUUUCCCCUGAGCUGCUCCAGCAUGUUCCAACAGGAUGUCUGAGCAGUGGCGAUAAUAACUACCUCUAGGGACUGCACACUUGAGGACACAGGAAAGGUGUUGGUACCCAGGAGAGCAUGUUCCGUAAAACAUUUGGCUGAUGUGGUUCAAACGUCAGUGUGACCACUGGUUGAUGUGCAGUCUGCUGUGAAGUAGUUCCUCCUGUUGCACUUCCUAUUUCUCAGAACCAAAACAUCAUCUUUUGAAAAUUCUCUGCUACGGUCGCAGCUGUCACUAUUGUUUGCCUGAAUCUUUUUCUGGCCUUUGUUAACCACACCUCUUCUUCUUCUGACUUGCUCGAACGCUCACUCGCAGUCUCAUUUCCUCUGUCUUCAAGUGACCCUUGCAGCAGGAAGUGCAUUGGCCUUGUCAAAGCAGCAGAAGAAGCUGAGGGUUCAUAUCAGUCAUACAGCAAAGCACUUUCUGGAAGCAAACUCACCCUGCAAUGCUCGCUUUGAAGCAUAUAAUAACGUCCUGCUGACAUGUUCUGUUGGAUACUUGGGUUACAUUGAUGUGAAAUGUAUCCCCGGUGUAGUGAAUGAAUCUGCUGUAUGAAUGGUUUUUAUGACACUGUAACACACAGAUUAUGUUCAUGCUGCUUAAAGUACUUAAACUCAGAUUAAAUUUCAUGUUAAUCGGACUUUUUCUAACCAGUAGAAAAAGCGCACUGGACCUGCUACAUGUACUGUACAUACUUUACUUUUUACUGAAAGAGCACGUCUGUCAUUCAAAAAAAUAUUCAAGCAGCAGCCUAAAUUUAACCCUUGAAAACCUGAGAAAAUUGCCUUGUUUUCUUUCAAAAACAUGAGGAAGGAGGCAAUCAGCAUCUAAAGAAAAUAUGACCCAAAAAUUUGCAA